AUGCUUGGCAGCAGUGCUCUCCGCUCGGUGGUUCUGCUUUGCGCAGCCAUCGCCACCAUCGUCUCGGCUGCCACUGUACCAAGGCACGCACCACCGCAGGGGCAAUGCUGCCCCAGCAAAUGCCUGCGGGCGCUCCAGGAGACGGGCCACGAACAAGGCAAGCGUAGCUUCUGCAAAUCGCUGCUGGAAACUGAGGUGCCUCCACAUGCGACGAUAGGGCUGCCCGCGUAUCUGGCAGCCGACUGCGGUCCACCGCCACACGCAGCGCGCCUCUCAAAGGCCUGCUCAUGUUUUAUGCCUGUGACGACGACGGCCUCGACGACGACUUCAUCAACAGCACGGGUAGGCACCUUGACAUAUCAGACGAUCACCGCGACGACAUCGACGGGGAGGUCCUCCGGCUCCAGGGGGAACUCAUACAUACCAGUGUCUACGAGCACCGCGACGACAACGACGACCUCCUCCAUCAGUCACUCUGACAUCUCGUCCACUUGCAGUGCCCCUACUGCCACCGUUACUCUUCCUGCGUCCACAGUCACGUUGCCGUGGUCAAACUCGACUUGCGGCGCUGCUACCGUCACGAUCCCCGCGUCGACCGUUACAGUGACUGACACCCCAACCUGCACCACAAGCCCUCCUACAGGCUCGAGCUUGGCAUUUCCAGACACUUCCACCUGCACCGCCACGACAGUCACCUCGACCAUCACCUUGCCCGCAUCCACGCCCACGCAGCCUCCGCCGACUACCUGCACGGACACCACGGUCACCCUGCCCGAUACCACGGUCACUCUCCCAGCCUCGACUGUCACACUCCCGGCCUCGACCGUGACGCAAACGACCCCCGGGCCGGUCGUGACAGUACGACCCACCAGGUCAUGCACCCAGCCUCUUGACGAGUCCGGCUUUGAGGCCCAGUCCUCAGGCCUCUACCCGUGGUUGUUCGCCGCAGUCUCCGUCGGCGCCACGCAAUGGGGCUGGGGGCUGAACUCUUUAAAUACACCGGGAAGUCACUGGCCCCCCGGGUCGGGCGGAAAACCGCAUUCCGGCUCGGCGGCAGCCGAUCUCCACCUAGAGAACCCGACGCCGGGGUCCGCCAUGCGAUUCUGGCAGCCCUUUGCGGCAUGUGCUGGUCCUACCACCUACCAGCUGCGGAUUUGGUAUGGGACGAAUCGCGCCACCACUACUGAUACUCUGACCAUUCGCGCCCGCAUAUUCGUCAGCGCUCCCGGCUUCGCGGCUGGCACCAACCCUGCAAACCAGGUUUAUGACAACACCCAGAUCGUAUCGACACUGACUUUUGACAAGGGCGGCUGGGCUGAGAUCGUCUUUAGCCCAUGGUCCUAUCCUGGAGGCGGCCACUCUGGGGUCCUGUAUCUUGACAUCUCAACUUCUGCCUCGCAGAGUUUUGUCACGUGGUUCGAUGAUAUCACACUUUCAGCUGUGUAG